AUGGCGCUUCCACCAAAGAUCCUGAUUGUGGGUGGAGGAGUGUUUGGAUUAUCAACCGCUCUGUCCCUAACCCAACGACACCCAGAAUCGCAAAUCACACUGGUGGAAGCGUCACCCACGAUCCCUAACCCGUACGGCUCCUCCGUCGACACCUCGCGUAUCGUGCGAGCAGACUACGCCAGCGCAGCCUACUCCAGACUAGCCGCGGCCGCCAUCGAGCGCUGGCGCAACACAGCCUGGGGCCAGGAGGGCCGGUACACGCAGAAUGGACUUCUGCUCGUGUAUCCAGACGACAGCACUAGCGCCAGUGCGCGCGAGUAUGCACGGAAGAGCUACAACAAUGUCAAGCGGAUUGAGGGGAAGAAUGUCGAGUUCCUGCCCUCCAAAGCGGACGUGCUCAGAGUCGUCCCUGCGUAUGGCAACGAGCUAGAUGUUGCCGGUGGGUAUGUGAAUUGGGGGUCUGGGUGGUCUGACGCUGCGGCUGGCGUGCGGUUUGCGCGGAAGCAGCUCGAGGGAACGAAAGUGGUGUUCAAAACGGGCGAUGUGCAACGCGUGCUAUACGACUCUACCUCCAAUGCGACGACCGGGGUAGCUUUGUCCGACGGCUCGAUCAUCUCCGCCGACUUGGUGAUUCUCGCAACAGGCGCCUGGACACCCAAGCUAGUCGACUUGCGCGGCCGGGCCGUGGCGACCGGCCAGGCGAUUGCGUACAUGCGCAUCUCGGACCAGGAGCAGCGCGCGCUCGAGAAUCUGCCUACGAUCCUCAACUUCGCAACGGGGAUCUUCAUCAUCCCGCCCCGAGACAAUCUGCUCAAGAUCGCGCGCCACGCCUAUGGAUACCGGAAUCCGACGACGGUGUCGCUGGGCAAUGAGACUGUGCAAGUCAGUCUGCCGGAGAAGGAUGUGCCCGUCCCGGCUGAAGGACAGGAAGCGUUCCGGGAUGCGCUGAAGCAGCUUCUGCCGCGGUUUGCGGAUCGGCCGUUUAGCGAUACGCGGAUCUGUUGGUAUACCGAUACACCGAAGGGCGACUUCAUCAUCUCGUAUCAUCCUGCGCACAAGGGUCUCUUCCUCGCGACUGGCGGCAGCGGGCACGGAUAUAAGUUCCUUCCUGUGCUGGGAGAUAAGAUUGUUGAUGCGCUGGAGGGUAGGCUGGAGCCUGAAUUGCAGGCAUUGUGGGAUUGGAAUGCGACGACGCCGGGAGCGCACGACAUCUUCGAUGGAGAUGGGAGCCGGUCUGGUGAGAGGAACUCGAAUCUCAAGGAAGAAUUGGCCAAGACGAAGAAAGCUGGUAGGGGGAGUGCUCUGUAG